GAGACUCAACCAUCAUUCGCAUCGCAUCCUUCGUCGAGUGCAUGCAACACAAAGUGUAGUUACGGACGCAACAGCAGAGAAGACAACGCAAGGCAAAAGCCGGAAAGAAGAAGAUUUAAAGAGAUUCGAAGUACUCUCAAACUACAAAUACACAACAGCAACAAACAUGUCGCCCAAUACAAAAUCCAGCCAACAACAACAGCAGCCACAAUUCUACGCCACCAAGACGGAGCUGUACUUGAAAGUGAAGAAACCGCUUUUGGAGCGUCAACGUCGCGCACGCAUCAACAAGUGCCUGGAUACGUUGAAGACACUGGUUGCUGAGUUCCAAGGUGAUGACGCCAUAAUGCGUAUGGAUAAAGCCGAGAUGCUCGAAUCGACAAUUGCAUUCAUGCGUCAGCACAGUAGUCGUGGUGGCCGCUCAACGAUGCCCGCGCUGACGCCACUCGCCCCCAUGGACAGCUUCCGCAAUGGUUACAUGAAUGCCGUCAAUGAAGUUUCGCGCGUCAUGGCCGCUAUGCCAGGCAUGAGCGUGGAUGUGGGCAAGUCGGUGAUGACUCAUUUGGGUAGUGAAUUCAAUCGGCUAUUACAGCAGCAGCAGCAGCAGCAGCAGCAACAACAACAACCACGCCAGCAGCAACAGACAAUCGUUGAGAAUGUUGAGGAGAAGCUAUGCGAGAAGUUGUCUCGUCCAUCCAGUCGCGCUUCUUCCGGCUAUCACAGUGAUUGCGCGCUUGAUAGCCCAAUGCCAUCGCCUGCACCAACGGCUGCCGUUGAGAGCGCCAACUGGCGGCCAUGGUUGUAAAUCAUUUGAAAGCAACCAUGCGAAUAGAGUUGGUGUAGCAACUGAGAGCUUUAUUUAAUAUUCAAGAAGACUUGGUACAACGAUUGUGCGUUAGACUGUGAUCGCAUUUAUUUGCAUUGUUAUUGUAUGUAGAUAGAUACAUACAUACAUACAUAUCUUCCAUUAGAAACAACUAAGGCUUUAAUAGUUUGUUAAGCAUUUAGAAAUUUAGAGAAAUUGUAAAAAGGCUUUAAUAGUUUUGUAAGAAUAAACCUAAGCAGAAAAUUUAGAAC